AAGAGUCAGUGCACUCUGCUCAGAAUUACUCAGAAUUCAAGCCCUUUAGCUGCCUCCCAUGCACACGUGUGUGAUACCAGUUAUGAUUCUUCCAGCAGAAUUCUUAAUUAAUUGUAGGCCAGUAAUCGAACCAUUUGAAGAGACUGACAGUAAAGCAGCAGAUUGGUCAGUUUUGCCUGUUAGAAAUGAAUGAACUACCCUUACCUUACCUAUUAAGAAAUCAGUGCAUUUAAUAAGAUAAAAAUGUUUAAUAUCCAUUGAAUAUGCAGUGAAAUCUAUACAUCCUUUAAAAGUAUCAUAUUUUUUACCAGGACCAGCAAAAGAAGGGUGUUAUUGUUGCAUCCGACAGCAACUUUUCAAUGGCAGUGGCUUAUCAUGCUUCAGAGCUGCGCAUUCCCAUCUUUGUCAUCAUGGCUGCUAGCACAUCACCAACACGGCUGAAGAUUUGUCGUGAGUAUGGUGCUAUGGUGAUCUCAUAUGGCAGCACCCCUAUGGACUCACAGAGCCAUGCACGCCGUCUAGCACAAGAAAAUGGAUAUCUUUAUUUGGAGGAGGAGGAAAGUUCAAUGUAUUUAGCUGGUCUGGGCACUAUGGGCCUUGAAAUGUACGAACAAAUACCCAGACUGGAUGCUGUGAUCCUUCCAGCAGGGGGCCUCAGUGGACUACUGGCUGGGACAGCAGCUGCUCUGAAACAGCUUAACCCAAACAUCACCAUCAUUGGUGUGGAACCUGAAGAUUUUCCACUGUUGCAGCAGUCUGUAAAGCUUGGAUACCCUGUUAAGGAUUUCCACAGCAAUCCUAACCGCAAACUUUAUGGAGAUCUUGUGGGACCUCCAUUUGGUAAUAACACAUACCAGAUUGCAAAGAAACUGGUGGACAAAGUUGUGGCUGUCAGGGAGGAAGAUGUCCUUGUUUCAAUGCUAAGGAUUCAGGAGUAUGAACGAGUCCUUGUGGAUACUGAAGGAGCCAUUGGGCUUGCUGCAGUCAUUUCAGGAAAGUUGCCGGAGCUACGAGGGAAGAGGGUUGCUAUAGCUGUUUGCAGUGCUAAUAUGGAGCUGCCCUUGAUACGUCACUGUGUGGACAGGGCUCUGGCAAUUGAUGACAGGGUUGGUAAGUUUUCAGUCCAACUAGGAGAAGGACCGGGAGACGUUGGUAAACUCCUUGAUCUCCUAGCAAGGCAGGAUGCAAGAUUACUGGAUAUCAGUCUUGAGAGACCCAGCACAAUGUCUGAUCUUUUUAACAUUCAGGUCUCUUGCACAGUGGAAACCCGAGACAAACUCCAGUCAGCCCAACUUCGGAAUGCUCUGAUGGAGCGAUACACGGCACUAUGCUGGCAGGAACGGUGAUGCUGAAGGCAUGGAAGAUCUUUGGCACUGCACUUUAUUUACUUACACUUACUCUCUCUCUCUCUCUCACACACACACACACACACACAGAAAUACACACAAACUCACAAAAACUAGCUACAUAACUGGACAAACAUAUACUGUAGCAUAACUACUUUGUAAUUUAAUGUUUAUGAAGCAAUUCAUAUGAAAUAUACAUUGCAGAAACUAACCUGAGGAUCUUGGAUGGAUUGUGGAUGUUUUUAACUGAAAUUGUAAAUUUCAGGGUUUUUUCAGGCCAAUUCUCUUUGCAUUUGGAAAAAUCGCAACAUUCACUUUGUAGAAAGUGGGCAGUUACACAAUAUACAAUGUACUGUAUUUUAAAGUAAAAAAUUUUUCAUUUUAUUCUACAAAAUUGUGAAAAGAGAUGGUACCAGAAGACACAAGCAUAAUAUA